GUAGCUUUAUAUUUGCUCUGUACCAUGAAAUCUCUAUUCUCUUUCGGUUUUCUCUCGCAUUUGUGAUGAAAGCCUAAACCAUGGAGUUUGUCGAGUACAUAAAGUCUCCUCGAAUUGAAAAGGUGUUGUUGAAACGUCGUCAUGGUACUAAAGUGGAAGGAACAUUGUGUGUCACUGGACAUCACCUGAUAUUCUCUUCAAGAACUCAACACGAGGAAGAAUUAUUCCUCUUGCAUUCUGCAGUUGAAAGCAUAGAAAAGAAGAUACUUUCUGGAGAGCAAGCUAUCCUAACCAUUUGCUGCAAGAACUUUGAUUUAGUCAAACUUGAGUUUUCAAACACAGAGGAAGCUUUGAAUGUUGCAUCAUCCAUUGAAGACCUGUCAGUUAUUGACGACAGCAGCCUGAAGUAUCCUUUUUUCUAUCGACAUCUACAGUCUCUUAGUGAAGAAGAUGGAUGGGAUAUGUUCAGCACUGACAUAGAAUUCUCUAUGAUGUGCACUUCCACACAAAACUGGAGAAUAUCACAUGUUAAUAGAGACUACAAGGUACAUUGGUUAUCCAUUCAUUACGCAAACAAUAUGAGCAAAAUGCAUCUGACUGUCAAUGUUAUACCGCAGGGCUUGGGGAAUAUCCUGGAUUCAUAUUCUCACCGGUAUGCCGUCCGAAAACUAUGCUAGUGCCUGAUCACUUUUUAUGCGGUAAUAAAUCUUGGCUAAAAAGU